AUGGCAGAUCCGAAGAAGCCCUACAGUCCAACCCCCUUCCAGACCCCCUCGUCCCUAUCCUCCUUCACCGUGCCCCUCACCACCUACCUGUCCACAGUACGCUCGCCCUCGGGCUCCGCGCUGGAGGGCAUUGGCACGGGCUGCGUGCUGAUCGACCCUCGCACGGCCAAGGUGCUACUACUGCAGCGCGCGCCGCACGAUUCCAUGCCGCUGCGGUGGGAGGUGCCCGGAGGCGCCGUGGACGAGGAGGAUGCGUCGGUGUUGCACGGCGCCGCGCGCGAGCUGUUCGAGGAGGCUGGCCUGGUGGCUGCGCGGUUCCUAGGGGCCGUUGGCGGCCAGGAGGAGGCCGGGCCGCCAUUGGUGGAGGAGUUCUUUACGAGGCGCGGGCGCCGGGUCGGGAAAAUCACUUUCCUGGUCGAGGUCGCCGAGUCGACAAGCAGGCAGCUGGCAGAUGGAGGGUCCGAUGGCGAUAUCGUGGUCACGCUGGACCCGAACGAGCACGCUGCGUUCCUGUGGGUCGGCGAGGACGAGGCGAGGGCCAAGAAGACAGCUGGGGGCAUGGAGAUUGAGUUUACAACAGAGCGCCAGGCCGAUAGAGUGUUGGAGGCUUUCAAUUUGUGGAGGAAGUUUGAAGACAACCGUUGA